AAACGCUUGCUUAUCAACCUAUAAUGUUUUUUGAUUCUUAGUAACCUAUACUGGAAAACCAUUAAUAUCAAAGGCAAGUCAUAAUAGACCAUAUUUUUUUGCAAAAAGCUACACUUUAUUUGAUCUACAUUCGCUGCUAGCCUCUAAAAUAUUUAAAAGGUACAAUACCCGAGUAACUUAGGCUUCUAAAUAGCAGGAGAUAUGGACUAUGAGUCACAGUCCUUAAGGAGCCUUUGAAGGUAACGUGCCCUGGCAUACCAACAGCCAACAUCCAUAUCAUGGAAACCAUAUCUAGAGGCUAUAUUAUCGUAAUCAAAACUUACGUCUACAUUCAGCGUUUGAUUGGAUUGGUUGCAUAAUCUAAAAAGCUACAUCACAUAGAUAUGGAUGUGGCAUUUCUCAAUACAUUGAGGGCGAAAGUGUUUGAAUGAUGAGAAAUAUAAGCACUACCUUGACCUGACAUCAACUACCUGAUCUUGUUAGAUUGGCAUUGGAUGUUUGUGAAGGUUGUCAGCUCAAAAAAGGAGAGUUGACACACCUUUUCUGAGAGUGAAGGUUGAAAACUUAGAAGUGCAGUUGUCUUUUAUCUUUUGAAAAGCUACGGUGUAAAGUGCUCAACUUGUGAGUUGUUUGACCAUUUUGAUUAAAUGACACAAUUAUGCACACACACACGUACACACACACACACACACACUAACACACACACACACACACACACACACAUAAUUAACACACACAGACAGACAGACAUAUAUAUAUAUAUAUAUGUAUAUAUGUACCCAAGUUUUUGUAUGCUUCAUGUGUCUUAGGCUAAAAACCAUGCCUUUGCCUAGGCUGCAACUCGGGCACUUCUUCAAAUUUUGAAACUGAUUCUUUAGAUUAAAAACUCGAGCCUCUGAUAUUUGUGAAUACGUGUGAGAGUGUACUCCAUAAUUCUGCAGUUCUGCAAGCCUCUGGAAUGCUAGCUAGCACUUCCUCAGAAAGUGUGGAGGUAAUUUAUGCAACCAGAGACUGAUCACAUUUCUUCAAAGCCAUAUAUUCUAGAUUCUUGACAGAUUUAGUGGAUGUUGGCACCCCUUUCAUCCUUUGUUUCCUGCAAAACAGAUCACGGUGGUGCAGGAAAAAAACCAUCCAAAUGAUGAUCGAGAUCCUAACUCCAUAUGAACGGAAUUGUUUGUCUCUUCCAUGUUGAAAAAUUAGUCUGUGAAAAGCUUUUCGGUGACCAGCUGGUUAAGAAAGUUUGUCGAAGGACCAGAAUUGGAAGGAGAAUCCACAGAUAAUGCACAAAGAUAUAUAACUAGGAAACCUAGAGAAAAAAGUAGACGACAAGAAUAUUAACUUCUCGGAAGAAGGAAGAUAGAAGAAAGAAGAAGGAGCUUGACCACUUUAUCAAUCAGCAGAUCUUAAAGAACAUAGAGUAACCAGAGAUAAAAUGACCAGCCAAUGGUGUCUUUGCAAAAGUAAAAUUCAUGACUUCGUUUUGCCUUUUCUUUCAAAGGUCGGAUGAGGCUCAAUACUGAAUCUGCAGGUUGUUUUAUGCUGGACUGGCCAUCAAUAGAAAACCAUCCUCUUGAUUGUUGAAUGUAAAGUGAUGAAUAAGGCAGAUAAGAGCUGAAAGAAAUCAGAAAACAGAACAGACUUAAUGAACACAUCUGUGUCAGCACUGAUUCAUGCCAGAUAUAUGUAUCAAGAUAUCAAAGAUGAACGUGGGAUCAUUUUUAUAUCCAGAGACAAAUAUAGUCUGAUAUAAACAGAAUACAGAGGUAAAAAAAAAAAAAAGAGGUACAAGCCAAGAAUUUUUUAUGUGUAUUGUGUAUAUUAGACAGCAAAGGAUACGAAAAUGGGGCAUGACAGAGAAAUAUCAGAAGAUAGUGGAAACAGUUAAGAAAAUUAGGGGUUGACAGAGAAAUAUUGGGCAAUAUUAGAAACUGACUUAGGAAUAUUAGAUGACAGAUGGCUUCAGCACAUUCGGAAUAGAGAUAUGAAGAUAACCUGAUUUUGAUGACAGAAGUAGAAGUUCGCUGCAAAGCCUGCCGGCUCAUAGGUGAGGCACUGUUUCUUCCUCUCUCAUACAGAAAACACAUUGGUUUGCAAGUGGAAUGCCUUGUUUCUUGAAUCUGUCCAAGGUAACCAGCCUAUUUUGGGCCGCUAGAAAGUUGAACGAUGCUGCAUUAGGGGGGGCUGGUUCCAAGCAGUUCUAUUCCUUUUGAUCCUAAUAUGAUCAUAGAUCUUUUUGCAAGAGAGGGAAGAAGCUUCAUUGUCAUCCCACCAAAGUCGAUCAGGGCUAUCAAUUAAUUGCAAGGGCUCAAUAGCAUGACUGAUCCAAGUCUGGUUUAUCACAGCCUGAACUUGCGCUUUAUCCAAUUUGAUCUGAGCCACAGUCUUCUCGAAGUGACUCUCAGCAGCCCUGAAAUCAACACCAGUCAGCCUUUAAUUCCGCACCCCCACAAGAGCAGAACCAAAAACGGACGCGACUUCCAUUUCCAGGUUUCCAAUGAACAUGGUGACUAAUGGCUGUCCGUGCCCAUAGAAUAGCUUUCCAUGAUGCCGACUGGUUAACAGCCUUCUUUGGUACCCGAACGUUGUUACGACGGAGGUAUUUCUUCCUCACCAUAUCAGCCCACACGGUCACACCGAGUCGCUACAAUAUACUUUGAAUGCCAUCUGGAUCAACAUAGCCCUAUUGAGAGUGUGAAUAUCGGUCAAGUCAAUGCCCCCUUCACCAACCGGCUUACAUAAGACUUUGCAACUGAGUUGAUGUCGAUGCCGAUGGUUAUCAGUGUCAGCCUAAACAAAGUUGGCCAGAGGCUUAUCAAGUUUCUGAACUGUGGCAGAAUGAAGUCUAAGGUUUGUAGCCCAGUAAUUGAUGAUCUGGGCGAGUAGUAGGGAUAGUAUCUCAAGCCGACACAUGCCAUGUUCAAAUUUGAGCUUACGGAUGAACAUCUUCAUAACUAUUAGAAAAAGAUAGGAGGAGAGAGGUGUUAGAAAGCUAUGUUUCUCUUCAAUUAACUUGGUAGGAUAGAUUUAUCUUGUAAUAGGUUAGAUCCAUUUCUUUUAUUAUUUUCCUUUUACUUCUAUAUUUUAUUUUUAGUUUUACUUUUCAGCCAAAGAUAUGGCUAACUUUAUCCAGUUGGACUCUCCAACGGCUAGAUUUCUAGCCAUUGGAGACUCCAAGGGAUCUUUUUCUCUUCUAUUUAUUGUAUCUUUUCUUUCUUUUUUGUAAGCUCUUGAAGAGCAGUGUCAACUCUGACAUAUUGUUUUGGAGUGAUCUGUUGGUGCUGUAUCAGCAUUAUUAGAAGCACCGGUCGAGGUUGAAGUUGCUGUCAACUGUGACAUACUGCUGUGGAUCAUUUACAACAAAACGUAUUGACUGUCUUGAAACUGGUGCGCUUUCUUUUUCUCUUCAAAAGGCAGGCUAGUUUACUUUUCCAAUGGAUAAGAAGGAAUAUUUCUAACUUCAGCCCCUUCUUAAACUUACUCAAACCAACUUUGUUAUAUGGGCUUCAACCAUAAAGCACCAUAUAGGAGGGCAAGGUCUUUGGGUUUACAUUGAAGGGACUGAAAUUGAGCUUACAAUAAGUCUUACUAAAACCAUGGACAGAAAAAUUGAAGAGCUAAAGGGAAAUGAGGGAGAUAAGGCAGUCAAAGAGUUUGAAAAGAAAUGGAAAGAAUGGAAAACCUAUGUCACAUAGGUAGGGGUAUGGGUGCCAGUACGAGUACAAAUCAUUUUUCAAAAACUUGGGUGCAGGGGUACUGUCAUGGGCUGACUCCUUCAGCCAGUGCGGCACGGCAAGAACCUGAUUGCCGUAACCCUCCAAACCACCGAAAGGGACGCAAAGGUAGUUUUAGAAAACAAAAGUGGCUGCGGCAUUCGUCAACCCGAACGACACUACCAAGAAUUCAAAGGCACCGUAGCGAGUGACACAAGUUGUCUUUGGCUCGUCACCGUCAACAAUCCGAACUUGCCAAUAUCUCGAUCUGAGGUCCAGGUUGGAAAAUACUCGAGCUUCGCCUAGUUGAUCAAACAGAUCUACAAUCAAAGGUAAGGGGUACUUGUUUUUCAUCGUUACUUUGUUCAGCGCUCGAUAAUUCACACAGUUUUUUGGAACCAUCAUGUUUUGCUUGGAAUAACACUGGUGCACCAAAAGGAGCUUUGGAAGGUCUGAUUAUACCUCCAGCUAGCAUCUCGUCCAAUUGUCACCGAAACUCUUUUAAUUCUAUAGGGGCCAUUCGAUAAGGUGCCACUGCCGGGGGUUUGGCACCAGGAAUGAGUUCUAUGGCAUGAUCCACCUCACGUCGAGGUGGCAGCCGUCUAGGGAGCUCCGCAGGCAUUGUUCCUGCGAAUUUCGCUAAGACAGGCGCAAGCGCCUUUGGUACCAAACCAGGGGAGUCAUUAGUCACUUCCCUGAUUGCCACCAAGUACGUAUCUUCACCGUGCUUUAAACCUAUCUUCAACUGAAGAGCAGAUAUCAUUGCGGCCUUACCCCUAUCCCUCUUAACCGAUAUUGUUGGGACCAUACAGGGAGACUUCUCGUCCAUGAUACUGAUACUGCGCAGGUGCGGCAUCGGGACCAUCUUUGCGAUAUUGAGGAGCUCCAUUCCUAGGACCAUCCGAAAAUCAUCUAUCGGGACCAUCGAGAAGUUGGCUCUUCCUGACCAACUCUCAAUCUUCACAACCGCAUCCCGGGCUAUAUCGUGGAUGGGUUUUGCCUCUGAGUUCACCGCCUUCAUGCGUAACUCUCCCUUCUCAAGGGUGAGGCCCAAUCUCCUCGCAUUCUCAUCUGAGACGAAGUUAUGCGUGGCUCCCGUGUCUACCAUGGCCAUAGUAGGCCUUCCAUUUACCAAAAUCUCUAAGUACAUGAGCUCCUUGGAAGGUGCCGCUAUCACUUCCGUUUUCUCCUCCUUUCUUAGGGUGUUCAAAAGUUGAAGUGCACUCACCUUUGGUCCUUCCCCUUCUUCACCUUGUACCGCACUAGCAGAUUGUCUUGAAGAGCUUGCCUGAUUGUUUCUGUUCUGACGCUUCGGACAUUGCCUUCCCAAGUGGCUAUCUUCGCAAAACCAACAUUUCAACACUCUAUUCUGAGAGUUGUCAUUUUUGUGAAAGAAUGUCCUCCUCUCGACUUGAUGCUGAGUCGAUGAUUCAUCUUUACGUUCUCGUUGAUCCUCUUUCUUUCCUCCAUGGUCAGGCUUCUACGAGGGCCUGAAGGUGUUAGUGUAGCUCUUGCGCUGGGUAUCGACCAAGCGUUCCGCUACCACAUAAGCAUCCUCUAAGGUCUCUGGAUUACUCCUUUCUACUUCGGAUUGUGCCCACGAUUGGAGUCCCAAAAUAAACCAGUUCAGUUUAUUUUGUUCCUGCAUAUCUGACACAUCUAACAUGAGCCUCUGAUAGGCCCUCACAUAAUCUCGUAACGAUCUCGUAUGUUUCAGUUCACCGACCAUCCGAUAGGCAUGACGUCGCAUUCGGGGGCAUGAAGUAAGUCAUCCACUCUCGCUGAAAAUUAUCGAAAGUGUCUAUUGUGCAGAUCCCCUUUUGAAUGUCGAGCCGUUUUCGUCUCCACCAUGCCACAGCAUCGCCCUCCAGCAACAUAGCUGCAGUCUUGACCUGAAGGUCGUCCCCCACAACGCCUUGCAGAUCCAGAUAGUAUUCCACUUGGAAUAAAAAGUUGUCGAUCACUCGACUAUCCCGGGUCCCAUUGUAUUUCGCUGACCUCUGAACGUCGACCCUCGUUGGCCGAUCGUCACCUCCACCUACAGAGAUCUGUCGCUGUAGUGUGCGGUUCUUUAUCUGAAGUUCCUUGACUUUAGCUUGCAGUGCGGUCACUGUGUCAGUAAGUGACUGAUUCAUGACCAUAAGAUCGGCCAUUUGAUCCCGUAGGAUCUUCAUCUCGUCCUUCAUUUCACCAAAGGACUCAGCUGCAUUACUCAACGCUUCUUCAUGAGUAGUCACGUCGGUAACCAACUUGUUCACCACCUCGGCCAGGUCUUCCUGACACUGGGAUGUACCCAUCUCGUCAGACUGGGCUGCUCCCUUGCCCUUGGCGCUUCGCAGAUUGUAUUGAGUCGCCAGGAUGUCCUCCUCGAUCAACGAUCGCCGACGUGUAGUUCUACACCGACUAUCCAAUCGCUUCCCCAGAUUGAGCAGAACCUGAGGCUCUGAUACCAGUUGUCACGGGCUGACUCCUUCAGCCCGUGCGGCACGACAAGAACCUGAUUGCCGUAAGCCUUCAAACCACCGAAAGGGGCGCAAAGGUAGUUUUAGAAAACAAGUGUAUAAAGAAUGCUUUGUGAAUAAAGAAAUCUCGCAAUGUAUUCAACUUAGAAAAUUGGUACAUCACGAGAAAGAUAAGCAAGGAGAAUGAUUUCAACUUUACAUAUAUAGGAUGACCGAAGCCGCUUACAGGAUUCCCAAGCCAACCAUCCAAAACUAAGAAUCCCAAUACAUAACACUUAGACCGGUGGGAGGGUACUCCCUUACAACUUACAAGCAAACGAGCAUAAACAAAGGACUCAACAUAACCAAAGGAAGUAUACUGCGAUAGAAAAGGAGUACCCUCAUAUCUUUUGGACUUCUUGUGCAGUUCAUAGCUUAAAUUUGGCUCUAAAGAGUAUAUGCAAUCCACCAAGUAAAGAGCAAGAUCCUCAUGCUUAUGAAUUAUGUUCGUGGAUUGAAGACUUGGAAAAGGAUGUGAGGAACAUCAGAAAUUUCAUAGUAAAUCAUCAACAUGCACUUUCCAUUUAUAACAAGCAUUCUGAUCUAAAAUUAUUAAGAGUUGCAGAGACACGUUUUGCAUCUCUAAUUGUUAUGGUCAAAAGGAUAAAAAGGGUGAAAAGUGCAUUGAUCAGUAUGGUGACUGAUGAUGAUUGGAGUUUCUACCGUGCUGAUGAUGAUGACAAAGCUCAAGCAAUCAAAGGAAUGAUUCUUGAAGACAAGUGGUGGGAUCAAAUCUUUUAUUUUCUUGCAUUCACAGAACCGAUCUGGGAGAUGUUGAGAGUUCUUGAUUGUGAUAAUUCAACGUUGCACUGUGUGUAUGAGAUGUGGGACACUAUGAUUGAAAAAAUCCAAGAGGUUAUUUUUAAGCAUGAAAAAAAAAGUAUUGCACUUGAAGAUUCAGCAUUUUUUGAUCAUGUGCAUAGAAUAUUGAUUGCAAGAUGGGAUAAAAGUAGCAAUCCUCUUCAAUGCAUGGCACAUACAUUAAAUCCUAAAUAUUAUGGAAAAAAGUGGCUUACAGGGGGUGUUGGAAGAACCCCACCACAUCUGGAUCUAGAAUUAUCAACAAACAGAGUAGCAUGUAUUAAUAGGAUUUUCAUUGAUGUACAUCAAAAUCGCCGAGCUAAUGAUGAGUUUGAAAGGUUUUCUACUGGAAUUGGAGAAGAUGUAGGUGCAACUGUAGACAAAGAUAAUUAUCCAUCUUUAUCUUGGUGGAUUAAACAUGGAACUGCUUAUCCUACUCUUCAAUACCUUGCUUUCAGAUUGCUAGUUCAACCUGCUACAUCUUCAUGCUGUGAGAGAAAUUGGAGUACAUAUUCACAAAUCCACACUAUAAAACGAAAUAAUCUCACAAGCAAACGUGCAGAAAAUCUGGUUUAUGUGCAUUCUAACCUUCGGCUUCUAUCACGGAACAAAGAAGAAUAUAGGGAAGGAGAAACUAAAUAUUGGGACGUGAAUGUUGAGGACUUUAACUUAGAACAAGAGAAUGAACUUGAAGUUGUUAAUUCAAGAUUCGAAGAACCUUGUAUUCCCUCAACAUCUUCUAUUGUGGAAGAAGAGGAGAUUGGGGAGAACGAUGAUUUGGGCAUUGAUGAUGACUAGAAUGAUGAUGAACAAUGUUUUGUGAUGAUUGAUGAACAAUGUUUUGUAACUUUCUUUGAGACUUUCUUGCUUAUGUCUUAGCAGUUAUCACUUUUGAGAUUUGGUGAUGAACAAUGUUUUGUUUGAGACUUUCUUUAUUAUCAUUUUUAA